AUGACUAAUCAAUUUUCAAAUACGAUGACUGGAUUAAAAUCAGCUGUUAGUAUUUCAUUUAUUGAUGAUAAAAGUGAUGAUAUAUCAAUAAAUAAAAUUCCUCAAAAAAAUUAUUCAUCAUCAUUACUUAAUAUUCCAUCUAAAAAUAAAUCGACUAAUAAAAUUCAUUCAUUAAAUGCAUGUUUAGAAAAACAUAUAUGUCAAUUAUGUGGUUCAAUAUUGUCGAAUGGUAUAUGUGCAUGCAUUGUUCAGUAUUUGCUAAAAUUAAACAAGACUAAAGAAAAUAGUAUUCUCGUUCAACUCCAUGACAUAUUUGAGAAUCUUACGAGUAACAAUAUAAUCACGUAA